AUGUUUUUAAAAUUAAAUAUUAAUUUUGCUUUAAGUUGUUAUAUUUAGGUAAAUAUUCCAAAGAAUGCUUUGAAUUUCAAAAGAAAUAAAUUUGCUACUUAUUCCUGCCAAUACUUUUUUUGCUACAUUUGCUUAAUAGAAGUAGGAGUACAAAAAAAAAUUGCAAUUUGUAUGAAUUUAUAUAUUUAAAACAUGAGAAAACACUAUGUCAGGCUAAUUGUACUAUGUACUUAGCAGAUCUACUAAAUAAAUUUAAGUGUUUUAUUUAAUAUUUUAAAAAGGCAGUCUACCUAUUUUUUUAUCUUUCAUUCACAUAAAUUUAAUCCAAAUCAUCAAUCACAAAAUAAAUAGAAAUAUUUAUUUUAUACAAACAGCUGA